AUGGAGGAACUCAGCGCCGCUUUACACAAGUUUAAUCAAAAUAUUGUUGAAGUUUCUCGACGUGUAUCUAGAGAUACUAUAACAUGCUGUAUGACUCAAGUAAUUCUGCCUUUACUGGAGAAAAUAGGAGAGAUUGACGUUCGAUUCCGCUGCGCUUCUCCUAUGCCCAAUGAGGUGUAUUUCCCAGGAAUGAAGUCUUCGUGCAUGAACGAAUUUGAACUGACCAUAAUACUCACGAAUCUUCUAGCAGCGAAAACUUUUGAAGAUGGGGGUUCUCACGACGGAAGUUUAUCGUGUUAUGGUCGUGUUCUACCUUUACAGUCGCUACAUCAGAUAGGGGACGUUCUCGUGGAGGCUGGUUCGAGUCAAGGGGUGGUGUCUGCUCACAGAAUUAGGCAGAUAUUUGCCCAGUUGGCUAGUCAAGCAGUCAGUUUCCUGCCAGUUGUCAGCGGAAUGUCAGUGGAUGUUUCUGUCAAAGAACCAUUCACCGUAAUAAAAAUACUCAAGGCAACUGAACUCGUCAUCUUUGAACUGGUUCCAGCAUUUAUGUUCCUGCAUGACUGGCCAACCAGUGCAUCCACGUGGCCUACUGAGGUCAAAGGCUGGUUGUCAGAAAGCGAUAUCAAAUCUGUGAAGGAUGCUGGAUUCUAUGCUGUCGCUCUCCCCUGCUCCGCCAGCCCAUUGGACCCUUCCUUGUUCAGAAUAUCUUUCAGCAAUGCAGAAAAGUAUUUACUGAGACCAGCCUGGCUAGAAAACUAUAAGCCAACAGCCGUAUGCCGAAAGGACAGUGAAAGGAUUCUUAGAAUGAUUCGUGAAUCAGAUAAAGACGCUUUUAUCCCUGUCAACUGCUAUCACAUAAAGACAAUACUGCUGCAUGACUGCAUGCGUUGGCCAGAACACGCAUCUUGGCUUCCUGAAAAACUUGCAGAACGUUUCUUAGACCUUCUUAGAGAUCUAAUUUUGGUUUUGGAAAAUCAAAAUCUGCCACAUUUCUUUAUUCGAGAUUGUAAUUUGUUACGCGAUUAUAACACAGAACAACUGAGAGCAGCUGCGGGGCGACUGCGUGUGAUUUAUCAUGACAUUUACUCAUCGCCAUCUACAAGCAUUCGACUUCAGUGCUAUUAA